UUUGUGAAACAUUUAUCUAAAGCGUCUAAAUAAACGUUUUUACUUCCGCUGCUUUUAUUGUGAAGGUCAGGAGUCACACCUCGUGACUUCCGCUCGUGAUGUAAACAGUGAAGAUGGCGGCCUGCUGUGUGCGUCGCGCUGUCCUCAGGUUCAGGUGUCCAGGAGGAAACGUGAGACAGAUCUCAGCUGGAAGGCUGCAGAGCGGCGGCUGUGUGACUCCGGAGUCUGUGCAGGGGACGCGCUCGGCAUGCUGGGUAAAAGUAAGCAGCUGUGAGUUCAUUGGUACAACUUUCCAGAGCUCACAGAGUGGAGGAGGAGGAAGAGGAAGAGUGCUGUGGGCGGCAGUCGCUUUUUCCCUGUUCGGCAGUACUGAUGAAGACCAACGAGAUGAAGCCCAGCAGAAAGAGGAUGAAAUGAUCCUGCUGCUGAAGAAGGCCAAGCUCAGUAUAUAUCGGGGGCAGCUGCAGGCCGCCUCUGGUUUCCUCCAUCAGGCCGUGGUUCUGGCUCAUCAGACCCACAACAACCAGGCCAUCAUCUACACCUACAGUCUGAUGGCGAAUCUGGCCUACGUUCAGGGUCAGCUGGAGCACGCAGAGAAACUCUUCAAGGCGGCGAUGAGCUUCAUGCUGUCGGGAGGAACUCCACAGGACGACAACGCUGUCAUCGAGAUGUCUCUGAAGCUCGCCACCAUCUACGCCGAGCAGAGCAAGGCGGAGCUUGCAGAGCACGGGUUCAGGUUCUGUACGGAGUCCCUGGAGGCCAAACUGGAGAAACAGAAGGAGGUCCCUGCAGAGGAGCGGACAGAGGAGCAGGAAGAUCUGAGGAAGGAGACCCGCCUCCUGCUCGGUCUGUGUUUGGACUCGCGGGCUCGAUACCGAGCUUCAACGUUGCACCUGAAGCAGGCCGGACAGGACUACCAGAACGCCCUGAACAUCUGCCGCCAGGAGCAGGGAGAGACACACCCCCAGACUCUGGUGCUGAUGAGCGACCUGGCCACCAUCUUGGAUCUGCAGGGUCGCCAUGACGACGCCCUGGCGCUGGUCCAGCAGGCCGUGGAUCUGAGCCGCUCCGCCGGACACCCGGACCAGCACGUGCUGCUGGGAAACAUGGCCGGCAUUCUGCUGCACAAAGGCCAGCUGGAGGACUCAGUGCGGCUCUACCAGGAGGCUCUGAGUCUGGCUCGGCAGGCCGGAGACCAGGAGGCUGUGGACCAGAUCCAGGAGGGACUGAAGGAGGUGAAGAAGAGGAGGAGCGAGGAGAGGAAGGAGGAGAAGAAGUGAUCGGUUCUCCUGAGAACUCAUCGGCCUACAACAAACUGUAUCUGACUCCUGGAUCCGGGUGACCCCCGACCCCCAUCAGGACAGAGACCCUGAUAUACCUAUUGAUUACCUUCACGCUGUGAUGUUUGUGUUUGUGUGAAACAGUCUGAAAUAAAACUCUUUGUCCUGUAGUGAA